CCAUCAUCAUCAUCCAAUGCUGUUCCCUCCAAUCUCGGCAUUGAUAAGAGCAAGGAAACCGACGGAGGUGGCGAUGGUGGUCGUACCAAAUGGGAUUUUCCCCAUCACAUUAAUCAAUCCGUGGAACCAGGGAAAAAGAAUCAUUGGGCUCAAUCAAAAUCUUUGAGGUUACCCCAUCUUUCCAGUCCAGGGCUUGAGGACUUUUGGACAAGCAAGGAUAUUCAGUCUCCUCGCUUCCAGGCCAUAAUGCGGGUUACAAGUGGCCGGAGGAGGAAAAGACCUGAUGUGAAGAGCUUCUCUCAUGAACUAUGUUCCAAAGGGGGAGUCCGGCCCUUCCCAUUCUGGAAGCCUCGUGCAUAUGGGAGAACAGAGGAGAUUAUGAGUGUUAUUAGCACAAAAUUUGUCCGAUUAAAGGAAGAAGUUGACAACGACUUAGGCAUUCUGGCUGGUGAUUGGGUGAGCAUACUUGAAAAGAAUGAAGAUGCUGAUCCCAAAUGGAAAGAAAUAUUGGAGGAUUUGUUGGUUGUUGCUCGGAAGUGUGCUAAGAUGUCACCAAAUGAGUUCUGGUUGAAAUGUGAAGGUAUUGUGCAGAAUUUAGAUGAUCGCCGUCAGGAGCUUCCCAUGGGGACCCUCAAACAAGCCCAUACGAGAAUGCUUUUCAUCCUCACUAGAUGCACCCGUCUAGUGCAGUUUCAGAAGGAGGGUGGUUUUGAGGAUGAACAUAUUCUUGGACUCCAUCAACUUAGUGAUCUUGGAGUCUAUCCAGAACAAAUUUUUGGGGGUGGACGACAGGGUUUCAAGAACUCUCUCAGUGGGAAGGAAGCUAGUGAGAAGCAUGCCAUGAAGUCAAAUGGGCAGGAACAAAGCAGUUUGACUAUGUAUGAAGAUCUUAAUUUUAGUUCUGCUGACCCUUCCACUGCCAAAAGUGUUGAUUCAUCUACAAGCAGGGAUAGGAUAUCUUCGUGGAAGAAACUCCCAUCUGCUGCUGAAAAGAACCAGAGCAAAGGCAUGGAUGAAAGCGAUACCCCCUUGAAGGAUAAAAUGGAUGCCUCGCAACAUCAAGAUAAAACAAAAUCAGAUGUUGAAGAUAAUGCUGAAAACAUUAAUACCCCACAAUGCCCUCUAGGAAGUGCAGAUCUUUCUUCAAAUGAACAAAAAGUUUGCUGGGGUGAUCAACAAAAUGUAGCAUAUGAGAAUAUGAUAUGUCGGAUUUGUGAGGUUGAAAUACCAACAGUACAUGUGGAAGAUCACUCUAGAAUCUGUGCCAUUGCGGAUAGAUGUGAUUUAAAAGGCUUAACAGUGAAUGAAAGGCUUGAAAGAGUUGCUGAAACUCUUGAGAAGAUACUGGAAUCAUUAACUCCAAAAAGUUGUGAUACUUCAAGAAGUCCAGAUGCAUCAAGUGUAGCUGACGUUUUUGAUCCUCCAUCUCCUAAGCAAAAUAGCCUGUCUUGCCAAUCUUCUGAACAUGAGAUUGAUUCUGUACCUGAAGCUGAUAAUGUUCUUUCCAUGAAUGAUCUGGAGGGUCUGCCCAACUUGUCAUGUAAGCCAAAUUCUAUCAUCAUGCCUGAUCAAGGUAAAGUGCCAUCAUCAGCAGGGAGCACAACCCCACGAUCUCCAUUAGUGACCCCACGGACUGGCCAAAUUGAAUUGCUAAAGUGUGGAAGGACUACAAUGUCAGAGCUUGAAAACUUUCAACAGAUUAACAAACUAUUGGACAUUGCUCAUGCUGUGGCUAGCAUAAACACUAAUGACUACAGUGCUUUGGAGUUUUUGGUUUGCCAUCUAGAAGACCUGAAGUAUGCGAUUGAGGAUAGGAAGGUGGAUGCACUUAUUGUUGAGACGUUUGGAAGGAGGAUAGAGAAAUUACUACAGGAGAAAUAUGUACAUCUUUGUGGACAGAUAGAUGAUGAAAAAGCUGAUUCAUCAAGCAUCAUGCUUGAUGAAUACAAUUCAUGUGAUGAUGAUGGUGUUCGUAGCUUGCGGGUGAACAUCAACCAAAAUUGUAAGGACCGGACGUCUAUAGAAGAUUUUGAAAUAAUAAAGCCAAUCAGCCGAGGGGCGUUUGGACGAGUUUUCCUUGCAAGGAAAAGAGCAACUGGCGAUUUAUUUGCCAUAAAGGUUCUAAAGAAGGCUGAUAUGAUUCGUAAAAAUGCAGUUGAAAGCAUUUUGGCUGAGCGCAACAUCCUAAUAUCAGUUCGCAAUCCUUUUGUGGUCCGUUUUUUCUACUCCUUCACAUGCAGGGAAAACCUUUAUCUUGUAAUGGAGUACUUGAAUGGGGGAGAUCUUUAUUCCCUGUUGAGAAAUUUGGGUUGCUUGGAUGAAGAUAUGGCACGUGUGUAUAUGGCAGAAGUUGUCCUUGCAUUGGAAUAUAUGCAUUCCUUGAACGUGAUUCACAGAGACCUGAAGCCAGACAAUUUAUUGAUUGCUCAUGAUGGUCACAUCAAGUUGACAGAUUUUGGGCUGUCAAAAGUUGGUCUGAUCAACAGCACAGAUGAUCUAUCAGGUCCAUCUGUCAGCAGCUCGGAGAUUAUUGGAGAUAAUGAACCAAAAACGGCUGAACGACAAACAUCAAAACGAGAGCAACGACAAAAGCAUUCAGCUGUUGGUACUCCUGAUUAUUUAGCACCCGAGAUACUUCUAGGAAUGGGACAUGGUGCAACUGCAGAUUGGUGGUCUGUUGGUGUCAUUCUUUUUGAGUUGCUUGUAGGUAUCCCACCAUUCAAUGCAGAACAUCCACAGCAAAUUUUUGACAAUAUAAUGAACAGAGAUAUACCAUGGCCAAAGAUUCCUGAGGAAAUGAGCUGUGAAGCAUAUGACUUGAUUGACAAAUUGCUUACUGAAAAUCCUGUUCAGAGACUAGGAGCCACAGGGACGAAAGAGGUGAAGUGCCAUAGUUUUUUCAAGAACAUUAAUUGGGACACACUCGCCAGGCAGAAGGCUGCAUUCAUACCAGCAGCAGAAGGUGCAUACGAUACAAGUUAUUUCACAAGUCGUUACGUAUGGAAUAUGUCAGAUGAAAACGUUCGUUCAGCAGCUUGUGACUUUGACAGCUUGUCUGAAACAUGCAGUUUAUCCUGCAGCGGCAGCUCAUUCAGCAACCAACUGGAUGAAGAUGGAGAUGAAUGUGGUAAUCUGGCAGAUUUUAGUGCCCCCGCCCUUGCAGUAAAGUAUUCCUUUAGUAAUUUUUCAUUCAAGAACUUAUCUCAGCUGGCAUCUAUCAAUUAUGAUCUUGUAGUGAAGAGUAGCAAGGAUUCUCCAGAUGCAUCCAAGCCAUCUAUUCCGUAAUGCUUUAACUUAAUUCACAGAGUUCAAAUUCAUUCUCAUUGAUCAGAUAUGUGUUAACGAGUUCAUCCUCUCCCCAAGCUUAAUGUUCAUCUAUGGUAGUUAGUGACGAUGGUGGACACAGCUUUAGAAUUCAACUAUAUGGUUGCUGGGUUGAUUGGGAUAUUAUUUCUGAACUAGUUUCCUUAUGGCAAAGUCCAGUCACCAACACCCAAUAUGGUUGGUUCUCCGUCCAUGCUUCCUAGAUUAUUGAGAACUGUUGCAGCUCAUGAAACUACAUUCCUACUUCCUUUCAUUUCUCUAUCACACAGAAAAUGCAUCACUUGUCCAACAGUGCAGAGGAAUUCUUCAGCUUUCAUUGUAUGUAUAUAUUCGUUCUUUCUAUUAUUAAAAUUUUUAUCUGCCUUUGUUCCCUUCGGAUCAUGUUACUUGAUGCGAGCUCAUAUAUUAAGUUAAUGCAGUUGUAGUACAGAUUAUCAAUUGAAUACCUUUGGAUCA